AGUACAGUAGUGUGUUACUGACUGGUACAGUAGUGUGUGGGCUUGUUUUCAGUCUGCGUUUACACUUCCUCAUUCUGCUGAGUGUCAAAAAGUCAUACAAGCAAAUAGGAAAUGAAACCAGGACCAGUCAUCAAAUAAACACAAACAGCAUCAUUACUUAUUCUCCAUCCAAAUAAAUGCUUAUACCGAUUUACUGAUCAGUUAUGCAGAACUACAAAAUCACAUUCUUAUAUGAUACUUAUCUGGUACCAGUUAUCAGAAUUGAUACCUUGAUAUCGAUAGUAUCAAUAUUUUGGCUCAACUUGUGUCAUUUCCAACUGAAACAAUAACACGUUCUUACUGACAGCGGCCCCCCCAAACAGGACAAAAACAGUCGGAGGGGAUGGUUGCUAAUUCAGCAGAAAGGAAACCGAUGUUCCUCUUCCUGUUUUUGUUUCACUGCUCUCCCAAAGUGUCCUCACAGACAGCACAGUGUUUUGUGACAUUUUCAGUCUUCAAAUAGCAUCAAUUCCACACUUUGGUCUCCUUUCAAAUCACUUUUGGUUUCUUAUCACUUUCUCUCUCGUCUCUGGUUUGUUUCUUCUUGUUGCGGUUGUGUUGGUCUACCACAUGAGUGUUUGGUGACCAUGUUGCUACUCCAAUCCAUUGUUCUUCUUAGUUUAAGAUGACAGUCCCGCCCCUGUCCCUCCAAAGAUGUUUUGCUUGAUGGCGUCCAUGUUGUUCAACCAAUCCUGCUCAAAUAUGACGCACAUGUGUUUGCCAGUCCCCUAAAAGUGUGUAUCAAAUUUCGUGGUGAUUUGGCUCAACACCUGAAAGUUACAGUUGCUGUUUCGUAGAACGCAUUGAGCUCAAGUUUCAAUUCAAUCUCACUUCUGGAAGUCAAACUUUGGAGUUGAAUAACAGCGCCACUAUGUGGUGUAUUUGUCAGAAAAAUAACACCACAGGCAACGAGUCAGGGUGCCUGUGAAUGUUUUCAUCCAUCCAGGUCAUUGUAUUGUCAGGGCACUCCAUCGAUUGCAACUUGACUGAUCAGGACGUUUGUCUCACCUCUCAUUCAAGCGGGCUUCAUCAGAUCAUGCUCAAAGACGAGGUGGGACAAACACUACAUUAGACUAGAUAGGACGGCUCUAGUCUGAGAUCCAGUGUAUUUAUCCUAUGAAGGAGGAGGCAUGUCCAUACAGGAAUGGUUUUGCUCUUUUGUGGUAUCAAAUCACAAUGGUUAGGAUACAGCAGAGUGGGGCCUUUCCCCCCACCAACGAUGGUCUUUUGGGUGGCAUCACCUUUGUUAGCAUACCAUUCAGAUGAUGGGCGUGGACAUACCUGAAACCACGGUGGUUGCGCCUUCUUUAUUUGUUAGAGGCUAAAUGAUUGAAUCUUUUCGGAAGAGAGGAAAGGACAGCAUUGUAUUUGGGAGAACGGUGGUGUCGCACACCGCAGACCUCCCCCUCUGUUCAGAGGUGGCUUCUCAAGUCGGGGUGCAUGUUUUGACAGACUUUCACCCUUUUGUAUGCAGUGGUUCAGAAGUAGACGAGUUGGAUUACACAUACAAAUACAGACAGUGGUGAAAAAAGUGAGUGAGCAGCUUCGGGAGCCGUGGCUAUGUUAGCAUGUUGCACUCCACAAUCAAUAGAUCAAUCAGUCAGAGAGACAAGACAGCUUCUCUGAGAAUAAAGAGAGGUACAAAGAGACAAAUCACUGCAACCCGAACAAACGGCUUCAGGAAAAAAAUAUCUGGCUAUUCACGCUAAAAUGUAGGAGACAACAUAUGCGAGGGGAGGGGUGAGGUCCUCCUCCUGUGAAGGACAGAGACGGUGAAGGGCAAACUCACAUGCUCAGACACCCAAGGCUGUUUGAAUCAGGUGGUAAGCAUGUGGAGGACUUCUACCCCAAGGAUGCUUCUAAAAUAGGAUGAAGAACGCGAAGGACAACAAGCUACGAAUAAAUUCACAUUCAGGAAUCAUUUUUUAAGUGCACAUAUAACACAUUUUUCUAACAAAACUUGUUCUGGUUUUUGAAAUGAGAAAAUACAACCUUGGACAUUUUGUCGUUCUGUGCAGUCAAGAAAGCCUUGGCUUAGCUUAGUUUAGCUUACUCAGGCUGAAAUCAUCAGUUGACAGUUUGUUGGUUUUCCUUGCAAAACACGCGGCUCGUUGACAGAUGAAUCACAAGUGCAGUGUAGUGGCCCGUUUCGUUAGCCACAACACUUCCUGUUUACAGAUACGGCCGCAAUAUCGGAGUGUCGAAGAAGGCUCACAGAGAUUUUCACGUCUUGUUCCCUCGUCUUUGUUUGCUGGUUGGCUGGUCACUUUCUAGUGGUCUCUUCAUUUCACGCUCUCUUGACUCCUCGCCAUGUUGGAACCCCCCCUCCAAUCCCCUCCCAGCCCCCAGCACCUCCUCCCUCUCUGCUGGCCAGCCCCAAAUUCCUUCUUUCUCCCUUGAGUGAUUCGCACCUUUUCCAUUCUUGCCGUUCACCUCAUUAAUGAAGCCGCCGUCUGCUCAUUUCCUCUUUUGUGUCCCGUUCAACCCCCACUCCACACACACACACACACACACACACACACACACACACACUUCCUACUGCCCAGACCUCCCCAGUCCCACCCCCACCCCUCUGCAUAGACUCCCUGUCCUGUCAUCCCUGAAGCGGCGGCUGGCUGAUUGUGUCCUGAUCAAACCUCCCGAUGUUCCUUAAAUAGACGCAGCAGCAUGGAGGGAUUUGGGUAAGGUGACAUCCAUUCAUCAUUCAUUCAUUCAUCCAUCUACUGUAUCUUGUAAUUCAUCCACGCAGUAAUCCAUCUGUUCAUCCAUCCAUUCAUUGACAUGUACACAUUCAUAUUCAUCCAUGCAAUAAUCCAUCCAUCCUACGAGCCCUCCAUCCGUUCAUCCAUUAUUCAUCCAUGCAACAAUCCAUCAGUACACCCAUCACACAUCCAUCACUUUAUCCAUUCAUCAUUCAUCCAUGCAAUAAUACCAGCAUCCAUUCAGACAUCCAACCAACCACCAUCCAUACAAUAAUCCGUCCAUCCAUCUGUUCAUGUAUUCAUCCAUCACUGUCCAUUAGUUUAUCCAUAUGUCAUUCAUCCCUCCAUUCAUUCAUCAAUCUAUGCAUCCAUCAGCCCAUCCAUUCAUGAAAUAAUCAUCCAGCCAUUCAUCUAUUCAUCCAUGCAACAAUCUGUCAGUACAUCCAUCACUGUCUAUGGGUUUAUCCAUCCAUUCUUCAUCCAGCCAUUCAUCUAUUCAUCCAUUCAUAUAUGCAACCAUUUACCCAUACAAUCAUCCAUCCAUCAUUCAUCCAAGCAAUAAUCCAGCCAUCCAUUCAUGCAUCCACUCCUUCAUCCAUACAAUAAUCCAUCCAUCUGUUCAUCCAUCAUUCAUCCAUCACUGUCCAUCCAUCCAUCAUUCAUCCAAGCAAUAAUUCAGCCAUCCAUUCAUGCAUCCAACCAUUCAUUCAUACACUAAUCCAUCCAUCCAUCUGUUCAUCAAUCAUUCAUCCAUCGGUUAACCAUCCAUCAUUCAUCCAUGCAAUAAUCCAGCCAUCCAUUCAUGCAACUAACUCCAAGAAUCUAUCCAUCCAUCUGUUCACCAUCUCAUCCAUAAUUCAUCCUAUGCAGCAGCCCAUCCAUCCAACCAUCAUCCACCCAGCCAUUAAUCUAUUCAUCCAUACAAUAAUCCAUCCAUCUGUUCAUCCAUCACUGUCCGUCGGUACAUCCAUGCAUUUUUCAUUUUUUCAUCCAUGCACUAAUCCCUCUGUCCAUUCAUCCAUCUAUGAAUCCAUGAGCCCAACCAUACAACCAUCCAUGAAAUAAUCAUCCAUCCAUCCAUUUAUGCUGAUAUUAAGCAUCAGGCUGACCUGAAGUUGGGAAAGCACGUUGGUGACGCUUCUCCUUUUGUCUGGUCUCUGUGGGAAUGAGGAAGAGAGAAGUUGUGACAAAUCAACGUUAUUUAUCUAUUUAUUUGCAACGGCUGAACCAGCUUCUUCUUCCUUAUGCUUUUUCUGUGUGAAUGUUUGAUUUUUCUAUGCGUGUAGGUUGUUUUUUUUUUACUACUUUAUCCUUUACACUUACGCUUGUUUGAUGUUGCACAAAAACUGCCUUUUAGCCUGAAAGACAAAGUCAUUUGUGCUUGAUGAUGAUUGAAACAACCAGGGUGAUACUUGUUGUUUUUAAAUCUCUACACAAAUACACAAUGUUAAUGUCAUUUUAAUGUUUUCAUUUCUCAGUCGUAAUGUUUGCCUCUGCGUCUUUGAACCAGAUAUUCAAAUGAAUGAGCGUGCUUGCUGCAAAUAUGGUUUACCAGGCUUGCCACCAUCAGAGGGAAAAGGUUCUGUUACAAAACGUACGUGCUUGUAUAUUCAGUACUGUAGCCAUGGUAGGGGUAGGUUUCCUACCAGAUACAAAUGUUCAAAGAUUCUUUAGAAGAUGUUGCAUUUACAUUGAACGAAUGUUUGAGCUUAAGCAGCAAAGCUGGCUAAUUUCAAGCAGCUCAUCAUUUGCUCCAAUGCUUUCCCUUCACUGUCCUAAAGCCUCACAAGGAAAUCACAACAGUUUAGUCUGUGAGUCUGUGACAACGGAAUAGAGCACCGGCCAGAGCCAGCCGUGGUGUAACGCUACAGCUGCUGCCUUUGAGGGCGGAGGGUGCGGGCUCCGUCCCAGCCCUGGACAGUUUCUUAAAAAAUUAUGUUAAUGUGUCAUUUUGCACAAAAAAUUAUUUAGUCAGCGAACUAACAAGUGCUGGUAGCCUAGGCCUUAAAUACAGUGAGAGUGGACGGAAUUGGUGUGCCAACACCCUCCUCCUAUUGGUUCCUUACACUAAGCCUGGGCGGAGUAGUGGUAUAAUCCUUUCCUGCUAUUAACACCUCCGAUAAAAGGGAAGUGUCGCUCCCUGAGUUGGGUAUGAACGACUCUGAUACUGGCUGAUACUGAUAAGGCCUAGGCUACCAGCACUUAUUAGUUCGCUGACGAAGCUCUUCGGAUGAGGAGCAAAACGUCCGACACCUUCUUCACAGAAGUACAGAUGACGUCUCAAGAAGCCUUUCCCUCGAUGGACAACUCCUGUACGACUGAGAGCCUACAGAGACCCAUUUUUGAUCAUUGUGCCAUCAUUGAAGGGGAAAUGGACAAAAUAAUUCCAGAUGUGGGAAGCGCUCAUCAAGGGCUUUAAUUAGAGGAUCGGCAGACGGUGGCGUCAUGGGCUGCGGACUGCGCAAAAUGAAGCCCACGUCGGAGGAGAAGAGCCCGGGGAAGAUCUACUCCACCCUCAAGAGACCACAGGUGGAGACCAAAGUGGGCGUGGCCUACACAUAUCGCUACCUGGACUUCCUGAUUGGCAAAGACGGGGGGACGUCCACGUUGCGCCUGUCCUCGGUGCGAGAGCUGCCGGGACAGUUAGCGGAACUUUACCAGCAGGGCUUCGUUCUGGCCGCUAUCCAUCCCUUCAUUCAUCCCUGUGGCCCGGAGUCCAACAGCCCGCAACACCAGCUCUACCGCGCCAUCCUGGUGCAGCUAAGCGAUGGGGCGGACAGGAGGCAACCCGCGCUCCCCCCAUGCAAACUACAGCUGGAGAAGUGCCUGGCCGCAGAGCAGGUGCCCACCCCCGAGCUCAUCCAGGGCUACGUCAAGAAGCAGAUCCAGGAUGCGGCCGACCAGGGGGUCAUGUUCGUGGGGUUCAUCCAGGAACCGUACGGGGCGCCCUGCACCAGAAUCAGGGAACCAGAGACCCCCUCCCUGUCCCUUCACUCCAGUCCCAGCUCUGUGCUCGGCUCCCUGGGCAGCUGCAGCCCCUCUGACCCCUCCAGCCCCGCCCUCCAUGCAGAACCGGUUACUCCGGAGGAUUCCUCUGGCCUAGAGAGGUCUGAAGACAAAGUACCAGGAAACGCCGGGAACCACUCAGGGAGCCGGGAUGAACUCUCGGCCGCUUUGUCUCUGAUAUCGGAGGAGCUGACGGAGGAGGAGUCUCCGUGUCACAACAACAAUCAGGACAACGGACCAGAGAUGAAGCAGAGGCUGAGAUACCUGCAGAAAGCCAGUGGGGUGGAGCUACUGGCCUUGUACAACCACCCUGCUGUCCGUGAGGGUCCCACCAAAUACUACACGGUCAAGGUCCCGCUGAAGGUCCAGACCUGCGAUGAAGGCAUGAAAGAGGUGGAGGCCAACUGGCUGGACCACAUGACUCAGCACUUUAAUAACGGUGCCUCGCUGGUUGACGGACACUUCCACCUGGGGGGCCUUAACGAUGCGCUCCCCAAGUCGGUGGACAGUGUCUUCGUGUUUCAGGAGGCGAGUGACAGCGAGGUCAGUGCCAUAUAUGACGCCAUCGUGGUGGAGCAGUGGACCAUCAUCGAUGGUUUGCAGGUGAAGGCUGAUUAUAUUCCCUUGCUGCAAUCCUUGGCAAUGUUUGGCUGGAGACUCACCUGUGUGCUGCCGACACCUGUCAUCAAAACCAACAGUGAUGGUAGUCUGGCGACCAAACAGAUUGUGUUCCUGCAGCGACCCGUCUUGGGCCGAAAGCAGAGGGAAUCCAAGAAGCUGAUCUUCAAACCCCGCGGCAAGUCCAACAAGAAUGGCAUCAAAGACACAGCCAAGAACAAAAAGACCAAAACUAUGGACAAAAACGUAGACAGUCCCAAGAUUCCCGACCGCAGAGACAAGGCUGGAAACGAGGAAGACAAUGAGAGGAAAGGAAGUAUAACCAGAAAGGGUGAGAAACCAAAACAGCAGGAUGAGCAGAUUGAAGACGUGAGCGAUGUCCACGCAGAGCCUGUCCACAGGAGAGAGGACAUGGCUGAGACAGAAGACAGAGGAGCGGAAGAAGAGACGGGUGAUACAGUAAAGUCUGAACUCCACCCGGAGCUUUUGGAGGAGACAGAUGUCCUGGAAGUGACAGAAACCGCCGCAACUGUCCCGACCAAGCCGAAGACCUCCGACAACAAGGAGGCAGAAGUUGAAGCUGUGGUUGAAAAUGGCGUGGAAAAGGACGAAGGGAACGAAAAAGAUAAAGACCCAGAGAAAUCACAAACCGUAGAGGUCACCAUUAAGGACAGCGUGAUGGACUCUCCGACCACAACGAUGAAUGAGAUCUCACAAGAGUAGACCCUACCUCUUAAGUUCUUGAAUUCCAUACCGGGUUCAUUGUGGAUCUCCACAAGCUGCCGCAGUCUAGAGAUCUUUCCUGUAGCUUGUCACGUGCCCACUGAUUCUGCUGUAUAACCACAUUGUGAAUGUAUUAUGUGUUGUAGUCACUAUGAAGGAACCGGAUGAGGAUCCACAAAAAAAAUGUAUUACAUUUUAGCGUCUGAGCCUUGGCGUCGAUGACCAAGCUAGCUAGCGAUCUGUUAGCGCUUAGCUUGCCUGCACACCGUCUGCCUUGAAAAGGCCGGGCUGUGUGCGAGAUGUUUACGACUGACAGAAACUGACUUCAACAUGCAGUGUUGAUGUUUUUGGAGAAAGGUCAGACAGAAUCGGAACGACAAUGACAAAGAACGCUGAUACUACUGGCUGUCUGAAGACAGAAAAGAUUUAUCUUUAGUUUACUCUGCGUUGUCAAAGUGUUCCUUCAUGCAGUAAUGACAACUUGGUUGGGGUGGGGUGGGGGACACCGGUGGAGGUGUUUGUUUGCGACAGGCAAUCCAAAGUAGCGUGAAGAGAUCUUUGUUUAUGCCGAGCUCCGAGCCUCCCUGAGGUGUUUUCAGAGCGAGAAGAUGCUAGCUCACCUUGCAUACAGAAUGUUCCAAACAUGAGGAUGUGAAAUUCAUCUGAAUGCAAUGUAGCUUUUACACGAGCGGAUGUCUUCACUUCACGCUUUCGCUUUCAUUUUCAGCAACAGUUUGUCAACAUGCUAACGAUGGCUGCGAGCUGAACGUUAGCAACAGCAGGGGUUGUGUUGUUUGCGACUGAAGGGCAAUCUCCAGAUACAUUAUUGUGGACCUUUGUUGAGUUUGUAGAGCUGUAUUUACCCAGCCAAAUGGAGACAAAGAAAGUGGCACCAUUAAUACAAUAAAUUGGCUCCAGAAUAAAUCGGUUUGGAUUGCUUUGACCUCUCGUUAAGUACCCCCUUGCAAACAUCAUUUGCAACAGUAGCUUAUUGUCACGGCAUUGUGCAGCAUUGUAGUAUUAAAAACGGGGCUGGCGGUGGUCACAAAAGGUGGGAGGAGGCAACAUCCGCUGCAUGGCUGUCAUUAGCUCGCUAAUGGAUUUUGUCGGUAGGGUGUCUGUCAGGAAGCAUGCAUUUAUUGAAGGGUGUGAGUUGGGGGGAGGGGGACUAAGUGAGGCCGAUAUUGACAACUAAAUCCCCCCGGUACCUGAGCAAAUUGCCUUCAGAUAUGACCGCAAAAAUGCUCGUUUUCUUCAACACCUGAAUGUUGAGAACUGGUUUAUUGACUAGCUGCGCCCCUACUGGCCACAACAUGUCAUUGCAUCAAUCUGAUGCCAACAGAUAAAACUUUCUCUUUUUUUGGGUGUGAAAACUCAACAAUUGUCUGCUGAUGUUCUGGUGUGGCGCCGAGAAGACCAGCUUAGCCUUACUGUUUGUAUUCUUAUAAUUCUUAUUAUUGCUAAACUUCAGUCUGCAGUCUUAAAAGCAUUUUAAAAAUGUUUUCAAAAUGAAUUGAUGAAAAAAGUUUGGAGUGACCAAUGACUGACUGAUCCUGCAAGCUACCUCCUGGGGGCUCCUGCUUCUACACUGAGGGGUCACCACGUGUCACAGCACAGCACACAUCCCCUUUUGGCACGAUUGGAAGGGGUAGGCCAUAUGAACAUCAUAUAAAUACAAGACAAAGACACAAAAUAAUGCAAAAGACAAACCCACGGCAUGCUCGCUCAUGUGCGUAACAGACAUUUCAUUCACUCAAGCAAUUCAUGAGAGCCACCACCUCGCGCAGUAGAAAUCAUGCAGAAUAACACCAAAUAAGACUGGAAAUAACCCACAAAGUCAUUGAAAAUUGCAGUAAAACAGCAGAAUAGAAGUGAUAGGACAAACGAAUGGGCUGCGGCUCGGCUACUUCCGUUGGGGGCCAGGAAAAAGAGGGGCAACCGCACCAAAGUACAGCAUGGUAUGCAUGGCCUCAUGAGUGCACCCUAAAAAUGGAAGCUUAUUGACUUCAUUUUUCAUUUCCUGUAGGUGGCCUAAUACUUUUGUCCACAUUUAGUCAAACCUUGGUUUUCUUACAACAUUGCACGUAACCAAGUAGCACCCUAUGCGUUGCUGACUCACCAUCUGUGCAUUUUUUAUUGAGUGCGACUGCUAAAUAACCCACCAUGGGGCCAAAGAAAUUUGCGAGUGGCAGCAAUUUGAUAAACAAGGUGACAAAAAGGACUUAUGGGAAGUCUGCAUCCCCAAUAAGUUCCUCCCAUUCCUCAUUUAUGUUUCACAUUGUUUUCUGCAUGCAAAAUUAUAAUUAUUCUCUCUAAAAUGUAUUUUUUAUUAAUAUUUUUAAGUGUCUCGAACUGAUUCAUUGGACUUGGAUUAUUUCCUAUGGGAAAAAUGACCUUGGUUUACGUGUGUUGCGGCUUCCAUUGAACCUUGUGGAAUGAAUGAACAAGGUCCCGCUGUAUUUCAAACAAUUGUAUUGCCAUGGUAGCAGGGGGCCUUAUUAAAGCUGCUGUGGGCUCAUAUUUUAAAUCAGGAAGCAAUACAUUGGUAACAUACCAGAAAUAAGUACCUCCAAGUCUAAUUCCUUGGUUCUCACCCAGAAAAGGGUGGAGUGCCAUCUUCGGGUCGGGGAUGAAAUCCUGCCCCAAGUGGAGGAGUUGAAGUACCUCGAGGUCUUGUUCAGGAGGGAGGGAAGGAUAGAACGCGAGAUGGACAGGCAGAUUGGUGCAGCGUCGCUGCAUCGGUUUGUUGUGGUGAAGACCCCCCCAUCUACGUUCCUACCCUCACCUGUGGUCAUGAGCUUUGGUAGUGACCAAAAGGACAAGGUUGCAGGUACAAGCAGCUGAAAUGAGUUUUCUCCGUAGGGUGUCUGGGAGAAACUUGGAGUAGAAGCGCUGCUCCUCCGCAUUGACAGGAGCCAGAUGAGGUGGCUCGGGUAUCUGGUCAGGAUGCCUCCUGGACACCCCCCUGGGGAGGUGUUUAGAAGGCCCUGAAGAAGACCCAGAAAACGUUGGUGAGACUAUGUCUCUCAACUGCCCUUGGAAAGGCCUUGGGAUCCAUCGGGAGGAUCUGGACGAAGUGGCCGUGGAAAGGGAAGUCUGGGCUUCCCUGCUUAGGCUGCUGCCCCCGCGACCGACCUCAGAAAAGCAGAAGAUGGAUGGAUGGAUGGAUGGAUGGAUGGAUGGAUGGAUGGCAUAACAGAAAACACACCCAAUUUUAUUUAUCCUGGUCAAAAUUUUAGUUGGCUAGCUUGUACGCACUGGUGGGUAGAAAGGUAUGAAAGUUUCAAGAACUUCUGACAAGCCACAGGAGGUUGUCCAUGAUGUAUUCCCAAGGCUCAUCCUUGAAGCAUCCAAUCAACCAUGGCAAGAACACAAACAAACGUACUUUCUUUGUUUUGGGUUUGUUUUCCAUCUUUUAAGUGUCACAUCAAUGACGUCAUCAAGGUCACACGACAGCGUUUUUUUUGUUUUACCGUGCUCCAUUAGGGCUGAUUGGUUGCAGUGCCGAUUGGUUGCAGUGACGACCAUUAAAAAGGAGGACUUUGGGUCUAACGUAGCGUUUGAUAUGAAUAUUUCUAAUUCCAGCUACCUAUUGUGUUAAGAAGCUAACAUGGAGAUGUCACUGCUGAUGAUGUCAUUGUGUAAUACGUGAUGACAGGCAGGACGCGGUCCAAUCAGCUGCCAUCUUUUCUCCCGUGAUGUCACGUGCGCUAUUGUUUGGUUACUGAUGCUGACCUCCGUGGAGCGUCUUGAGUGUCGUCGCUGUGCUAAAUGGAGGAAGAGAAAGUAUUCUUUACCUUUGCUAUGCUGGCGUCCUCGUUCUUAUUGUUCGCCACAGCUGUACAAUUUGUAUAUUAUAAAAAUAUUUCUAUUUAAUGUCCACAUGUGUGCUUUUUUAUUCUGAUGGAAAAUUCAGCAUUCAUUUUUUAAUAUGGCUGCAAUCAUCCACAUACAGAAAAAAAUGAAUCCUUCAGUGCAAAAAUGAUUAUAUUUUACACAAUGUUGCUCAUUUGUGUUUGCCCCACAGUCCAAUUUAACCUCAUUGACUGCAAGUUGAACAAAUUACAAAUACAAAAAAAAUCCUAAAUACAGUAUACAUUCUUUAUCACAAAAUAAAUAUGAAAAUAUUUUCUAAAAUGAUCUUGAAUGUGAAUUUUUGGACACAACCUGAAGGCCACGGCACCCUCAGCAUCCGCCUAUAUUGCCUAAAGGGCCAGCCGUCGCCGCAUACAGAAAAAUUGAAGGCUGCGUGGGCCACGCUCAGACUAAUCCAAUGUAUAGUACUUUACCAAUUUAUGUCAUAAAAAUAAAACCUAGAAAUGUGCGUGUUGUAGAUUCAACCUGCUACGGUUAUUUACUUUUUCAUAAAUAACCAAAAAUGUUAACGGCUUGAGAUGGUUUUUUUUGUUCACAAAUUGAUAUACAUUUGGCAUUAUCGGCUCCGCUAUCUACCAAAAAGACAGUGGGGGUUCCUUCGACCAAUAGGGUGACUUCAGGUUUUUUCAUUGGGUCAGUUUGGUGUUUCAGCAAUAAUUCUUCUACGUCAAAACGGUUAUCCACGCAACUGUUCAUAAUGUCUAAAUCCUCCUCUUCAUCCUCACUUUUAGGUGUCUCUUGAGGAGGUGCUGUUGGGAUUAGCCACGGCGCACCCUCCUGGACCACGUCUAGUCAUUGUUCAUCACCUGAUGAGUCAUCGGGUGAUGUUUUGCCUGUUUUAUUUUUACUCUUACAUUAUGUUUUUUCACAUAUUUAGCCACAUCAUCUCGCAAACAGCUCUUGAUUGUUUUCCAGUAUUCUACUAUGUGCUUUAAAUAUUUUUCUGAGUCGGUGAUAGAACUCGUCGGUUGGUUCGUCUGAUUUCUGGAAACAUUUAGUGAUGUUUCGGGGGUCGCUGAAUGCACGGUAAACUCUACCGCAUUGUGUCAUGAGUUGUUCGAACAAACCUUCAGGUGCUGCCAGGAGUUCAUACGGGAUGGGGUUGCCAUUUGGCUGACGUCCGUCAAACGCACCCACACACGCUGUCACGAGUGGCGGAUGCCACAGCAAGAAAAAUAGGAUCCCAACGCAAGACUAGGGCAACUUCUAAAUGCAAAAAUAAAGUUUAAUAACAAAAGGUGUCCAAACAGGUAAAGUACAAACAAAGGAAAAUCCACUACGGGUAAGAAACAUAAAACACUGACAGCAGAAGGCUGUCAGGAAAAAACUGGAAGUAACAACAAAAAACACUGAAGGCAAACCAACAGGAAAACACUAAGAUAGUACAGAGCAGGUAAAUGCAAGCAAAGGUAAUGAGCCAGAAAGCAGGGUAAGGGUAGUGGAGCCGGACUGAGCGGGAGCAAGGAACAGGAGGUCAGGGAGUACAAUCUAGCAAAGAUCAGAUGCUGCUGCCUUGCUUAAGAGGAGUCCCGAUUGCUGAUUGCCCGCAGGUGCGCUCCGGCGUCUCCGCCUACACCGGCUGAGGUGCACUGCGGACAUAUGGCAGACAGGCGGCAGCAGAGCAACAAGCAAUGUGUGACAGUAUGUCCCCCCCUCAUAAGACGCCUCCUGGCGGCUUACCUGGCUUGUUAGGAUGGAGACGGUGGAAGUCGCUUAUGAGUGACGGGUCCAAGAUAAGGGAGCGGGAGACCCAAGAACGCUCCUCAGGACCGUAACCCUCCCAGUCGACCAGGUACUGGAACCCUCUGCCCCUCCUUCGGGAGUCCAAGAUGGCCUUCACUGUGUAUGCUGGAUGGCCAUCGAUCAGGCGCGGCGGAGGAGGCGACUCGACCGGGGGGCACAGGUGACUGGAGGACACAGGUUUGAGGCAGGAGACGUGGAAUACCGGGUGUACCUUGAGUGCUGAUGGUAGUUUAAGUCUGACGGAGGAGGGACUGAUGAUGGAGUCAAUUUGGUAUGGUCCCACAAAUCUGGGUGCAAGCUUCCGGCUGGUUCCGGCCAGUGGUAAGUCCCUGGAUGACAACCAGACUUCCUGACCGACCUGGUAGACGGGUGCUGGAAUUCUGUGGCGGUCGGCCAGGCGGCGAUUGCGCUCCGCCGUGCGGUUCAACGCGGCUACCAUCUCUCGCCAUACUCUUCGGGCGCGGCGAAGGUGGACCUGGACCGAUGGUACUGACACUUCCGCUUCCUGAGACGGAAAAAGAGGAGGCUGGUAUCCAUUAGCGACUUUAAAGGGUGACAUACCUGUGGCCGAGCUGACAAGGGUGCUAUGCGCGUACUCCACCCAGGGGAGGUGGACGGACCAGGAUGACGGGUGUCGGUGGCAGACGCAGCGUAAGGCGGCCUCGAGGUCCUGGUUGGCCCGCUCUGUCUGGCCGUUGGUCUGGGGAUGAUGACCGGAUGAUAGGCUCACCGAUGCCCCGAGCAUUUUGCAGAAGGACUUCCAUACCUUGGAAGUGAAUUGGGGUCCUCUGUCGGAAACAAUAUUGAGUGGAAUGCCGUGGAUGCGGAAGACAUGUCUCACCAAGAGUCGAGCUGUGUCCAGUGAUGUAGGUAAUCCAGGUAAUGCAAUAAAAUGUACCAUCUUUGAAAACCGGUCAACAAUGUUCAGAAUUGUGGUGUUUCCUCUGGAAGAGGUUAGUCCAGUAAUGAAGUCCAUAGCUAUAUGUGACCAGGGACGGGUCGGGAUGGGCAGAGGUUGUAACAAACCCGCCGGAGGUUGAUUCGACGACUUAUUUCUGGCGCAGACAGAGCAGGCCGCGACGAACUCUUUCACAUCCGCCGCCAUGGAGGGCCACCAAAACCUCUGCGCCAAUGCCAGCUGAGUUCGUCUGGUUCCUGGGUGACAGGUAAUUCUAGAUGCGUGGCCCCACUGUAAUACGUCCGGUCUCAGUGUCUCUGGAACAAACAAUUUACCAGCCGGACAACCCUCUGGAGACUCCUCCCCUUCCGUAGCCUCCGACACCUUCUUCUCCACCUCCCACCGAACAGCGCCCAACACCCGGGCCACAGGUAUGAUGGUUUCCGGCGCUGUUCCCUCCUCCGUGGAACUGAAGACUCUGGACAGGGCGUCAGGUUUAAUAUUGCGUGAACCGGGUCUGUAGGUGAUGGAGAAAUUGAAGCGUGUUAGGAACAGUGACCAACGGGCUUGUCUGGCAUUAAGUCUCUGGGCGGUUCUGAUGUAGGAUAAGUUCUUGUGGUCGGUGAUAACUAUAAAAGGAUGAACUGCGCCCUCCAGCCAAUGCCGCCACUCCCGCAGCGCGAGAACGAUGGCCAACAGCUCCCUGUUGCCCACAUCGUAGUUCCCUUCAGUCUGUGUGAGGCGACGCGAGAAGAAGGCGCAGGGAUGCAGCUUCUGGUCGACCGGGGACCGCUGGGACAGCACGGCUCCCACUCCCGUAUCAGAAGCGUCAACCUCAACAGAAAAUUGUAAAUUAGGAUCAGGAUGUACCAGAACCGGAGCGGAUGUAAACAAGGUUUUGAGUGUGUUAAACGCAGAAUUAGCCUCUGGGGUCCAUACAAACGGAACUUUAGGCAAUGUAAGCCGAGUCAGAGGUCCUGCUUUGCUGCUGAAAUUACGUAUGAAUCGCCUGUAGAAGUUGGCGAACCCGAGGAACCUCUGCAAGUGCUUCCUUGAUUUAGGAGUAGGCCACUCGACCACCGCCUGGAUCUUGGCGGGAUCGGCACGCAGCUGACCCUUCUCCACAAUGUACCCCAGAAAUGGCACCGAAGUGACGUGAAAGUCGCACUUCUCUGCCUUCACGUAGAGCCUAUUCUCCAUUAAUCGUUGGAGAACUAGUCGGACAUGAGUGGUGUGGUCUUGAAGGUUCCUGGAAAAGAUAAGUAUGUCAUCCAGAUAUACGAAACAGAACUGAUUUAUCAUGUCGCUGAGGACGUCGUUAAUGAGGUUUUGGAACACUGCCGGGGCGUUCGUGAGACCAAAAGGCAUCACCAGAUAUUCAAAAUGCCCCAGCGGUGUGUUAAACGCGGUCUUCCACUCAUCUCCAUCCUUAAUGCGCACAAGAUGAUCUAAUUUUGAAAAAAUGCGUGUGUAAGGCGGAAAAGGCAGAAUCCAUAAGAGGCAAAGAGUAACUAUUGCGGACAGUAAUGCUAUUGAGCCCCCGGUAAUCGAUACAGGGCCAUAGAGAUUUGUCCUUUUUGGCAACAAAGAAAAAGCCUGCCCCAAGUGGCGAGGAAGAUGGUCGAAUAAGACCGGCUGCUAAGGAGGAGGAUAUGUAUUCCUUGAGGGCUUUCUGUUCUGGAGCGGAAAUGUUAUACAAUUUGGCGCUACGAAAAGUGGCGUUAGGGAGUAAUUCUAUGGCACAGUCGUAAGGUCGAUGAGGGGGAAGUGUUUGAGCACGGUCCUUGCUGAACACUUGCUUUAAGUCAUGGUACUCGCUAGGAAUUCCUGUAAGUUCUAUUACUUCCUCUGGGGAUACGGAAGAGGGAACAUUGGACCUUGCUGAACGGAGGCAAUUAGCAUGGCAAAAUGGACUCCAACUGGAGACGUGCAACUUGUUCCAAUUUAUGAGUGGGUUGUGAAGCUUAAGCCAGGUUAACCCCAGAACUAGUGGCGCGGACUGGGAGGGCAUGAUAUAAAAACGGAUGGUCUCGGAAUGGUUACCGGAGAGGUGAAGGAUAAGCGGUUCGGUUUGGUGUGUAAUGGCUGCCAGGAAGCGCCUACCCAAAGACAAGACCUCUUUAGUAGCAGGUAACUUAAUCAUACUGAUAUUAUAUUUGAGAACAAACGCUGUGUCCAAGAAACAGUCAUCAGCGCCCGAGUCAAUAAGGGCGGCUAUGUCAAUACUUCUACCCUUCUUUAUGACUACUCCCUUAAUUUGAAGUCUCUUGAAGGGACCCUCCUCAGCUGUAGUGGCUGAACUCUGGGGAUACUCACAGCUCCCCAUGGCUGAAUUGUCCUCAGGAACCGGUUGGUUGCUCCUGGAUCUUGGCUUUAGCGCCGCUGAUGAUCCAGGAGUCGAUCCCUGGUGACGAUGGGGUCGAAUGGGGCAUUGGAGGAGUCGAUGCCCCGGAUUACCACAGUAGAGGCAGAGAUCCAGCUUGCGACGACGUGCCCUUUCCUCGGCGGCGAGGCGUCGUCCUCCAAGUUGCAUGGGAACCUCUGGCAGUACGGCCACGGCGUCCCCGAUCCUUGGUUCGAGCGUCUGUCCCUCAGGAGGUGGUCAUGGUAUCCUCCUAGGAAUCGACACCCUGCCGUAGUAUCCCUCCUGGGUGUACUCUCUUACCCUCUCCUUUAUGCGGUUCUCUAGCUCAAUGGCCAAGUUUAUAAGGCCGUUGAAAGAGGUAGUGUUGUCCUUGGCCACCAACUCAUCUUUAAUAUGUACAUCGAGUGCUUUGCGAAAAAUACUUCGGAGGACGGUAUCGGGAUACCCACUCUCCACAGCAAGCACUCGGAAAUCAAUAGAAAAGUCCGCCACCGAAACACUCAUCUGAUUUCUUCAAGGAACAUAGGUAAGGAGGUGCGUAUGACAGGCAUAGAAGUGCUCGUGACCAUAGCCCACGUAGCGGCUCUACCCGAGAGUAAACUCAUUAUGAAUGCUACCUUUGAUUGGUCCGAUGAGUACGUGGUGGGCUGCUGGUCAAACACAAGAGAACACUGGUGUAAAAACUGGUUGCAGGAGUCCGAAUCUCCAGAGAAGCGAGAGGGGUGAGGGAUAUUUGGCUCUCGCGGCUGAUGAGGCACAGGUGCGUACGCAGCUGCGCCAUUAGGAGUGUCUAAGGCGUGUGGGGACGUACCGACCUCUAGUGGUGGGUGAGAGGAGGUGCUGGCAAGUCGUUGGUUGAGAGCGUCCAUGCCAGCGGAGAGAACCGAUAUGGCCUCCAUGAUGCCUUGGAGAGUCUUCUCGUGGCCACCGACUAAUUGGCCUUGAUGUGCCAGGGCCGAGCGGAAGUGCUCCAUGUCUGCGGGAUCCAUCUUGGCCAGAUUGUUCUGUCACGAGUGGCGGAUGCCACAGCAAGAAAAAAAGGAUCCCAACGCAAGACUAGGGCAACUUCUAAAUGCAAAAAUAAAGUUUAAUAACAAAAGGUGUCCAAACAGGUAAAGUACAAACAAAGGAAAAUCCACUACGGGUAAGAAACAUAAAACACUGACAGCACAAGGCUGUCAGGAAAAAACUAGAAGUAACAACAAAAAACACUGAAGGCAAACCAACAGGAAAACACUAAGAUAGUACAGAGCAGGUAAAUGCAAGCAAAGGUAAUGAGCCAGAAAGCAGGGUAAGGGUAGUGGAGCCGGACUGAGCGGGAGCAAGGAACAGGAGGUCAUGGAGUACAAUCUGGCAAAGAUCAGAUGCUGCUGCCUUGCUUAAGAGGAGUCCCGAUUGCUGAUUGCCCGCAGGUGCGCUCCGGCGUCUCCGCCUACACCGGCUGAGGUGCACUGCGGACAUAUGGCAGACAGGCGGCAGCAGAGCGACAAGCAAUGUGUGAAACACGCUCCGUAUUUAGCUCCAGUUGUCAGGGCCAUUAAUUUUGCCAAUUCUGCCCCAUUCAGUCGGUGACUAUGUACCAUGGCUCGUAAAUCUUGUAAAAACUGGUCCAAGUCAUCUUGUGGUUUGGGCAUGGAGGACGCUAAAUUUCAGUAAGCGUCUAAGGUCGGUAGACAUACACAGGACCACCUCCUGGUUGUCCUGGUACCUCCACCAUUGGAAAUGCUUCCGCAUUUGUUUGACAUGGGAAAAAUUCAUACUGCUUUGGUGGGUAAUUUUUUUUCAGUGGGGAAGAUGAGUCUAACAUUUUUCCCCAUUCGCUCACUACCCCACGAGAUCUGGUUUGGUGACCAUGGGUGUGGUAAUGUUGGUGUACCUGUGCCACCAUACAGGAGGGAGUUGUGAAAGAAGUCUUUGUUAGAGUCAUCUUGUGCAGUUAUGAAAAUGUGCUAAAACACCAAAGCAGUGUGCUGUGCACAUGGCCAAGGUCAUAGGUUUUGGGUCAGCACCCCCUCCUCACCUUACUCCCGUAGCUGACCCCCUCCUCACCCUGUUCCAGUAAUUUUCCAUUUCUUUGUGUGACUUUACUUCCUACUUAAUAAAAAGCGGGCGCGGACGGCGGAACUUUGACAGUAGAGGAGCAAACAUGCAGGUGUGAGCUCUGCUGUCCUACUCGAGUGAAAGACAAUCUUGGCUGGUGUGAGUCUGUUCCUUUGAGUAGUUAUACAGUCCAGUCCUUGUCUUGGUUAUCUGCAAGGAUUUCCCUGACAUCUUAAUGAAAAAAUAAUGUGCUUUACUAUUUUUUUUCUGUUUUCUUUUUUUUAAACAGUCAAUUAGACAAUUUAUGGAUAAUUGUUUGGUGGCCACAGUGCUCGGAGGUCUAAAAUGUUAACAAAGCUCAAAGCUGAAUAUUUAAGAAAGUAAAGGUCAGUUAAGCAAUGAGAAUAAGUUGAAAUGUUAAUGCUAACUACAAUAAAAUACAUCCUUCAACGUGUAGAACGUCUUAGCACGUUUACUUAGUUUGGUUUUAGCCUGUUUAAAAAAAUGAAAAAUAUCAUAAUGCAGCCUUUGAUUUUCCCGUAUGUGGCCCCCGGUGAAAAAAGUUUGGACAUGCGUGCAUUAUGCACACAGUGGAGUAAAAAUAAGACUUAUUCACUAGAAUUAUGAAUGCGGUUGACAAGCGGCGCAUUACUUACCUCCUUCAGUGCAACAGUUCUUCAUUUGGUAGUACAGUGACUCAGUUUGUAAUAAGUGUACACCUGCAGAGUUCAAAGGUCAGCCACUGCAUCAUACACUGACGGGCCUGUCAGACUGAAGAUAUUUGUGGGCUGCAAACUGCCACCGUUGUCAUUUUCACCCGCUACAGCACGACUCCUGAGGGCCGCAUUACACGCACAUAUGGAGGGUAAACACACAAAUGUGGCUUGUAAAAGGACAUUUAGAUGCAGCACAGUGGACAAAUGAAGCCACGAGCAUACAUCAUCUUUACAAUCACACAAAAAUGCGCUCAUUCAUUUUGUAUCGACUUGAAAAUAAUACCACAGCCCAGCCCUCUCAGGUCAAUAUUCCAGAGAAGAUAAUAAAGUGUUCAUUUAAAGCCGCUCUAAUCCAUACAGCAUGAGCUCAGAGCCUGGGGAGCAAAAAGAUCAUUAAAAGGAGCUUUGGCUUCAAACAAAACCACAAACGCCGAACCACUCUCUUCACUUCAUUGAUUGAUUGCUAAUUGAAGCAGAUUGGCCCAGUUCAUCACACACACACAC